GGAAAAGGAAAAAUCCUUCAUCGCCUCCGCUUUUUCCGGUCUCGACCGUAACAAGAGAGAGGAGCAAGUUAAGGAAAGUUGUACACGUUGUUGAUCAUGCAGCUCAUCAGGGCUGCCACCUGUGCCUCUCUGGUGUUGAUUAAUACUAAUUACUUAUGCCGUACUCGGUCAAGCACAAAAAGAUCAAAAAGCGGACCAUUGUCGUGCAAAACUUCUCCGGCGGGAGAACUUUCUAGUAAGAACAUCAAUCUUGACACGAACUAAAUCCAAAAUAUCACCAAUUCUGCGGCAAGAGAACUUUCUAGUAAAAAGAACAACAUCAUCAACCCUGACGAAAGCGAAACUUUCAAUAGUUUGUUACUCGAUCAUUUCAGUUUUUCGAAAUCGAAUACAACAAUCCGAGCUGAUACACUUAUCAAGAACCGCAUCUCCUCCGAUCCUAAAAUCAUAUCCCCCCCUCUUCUAACUACAACAGCCGUGACGAAUCAAAAAGUGAUAAGGCGUAUGGCACCCGACUUUUAACGGCGAAGGAUAUCCAUGACCAAUUUCAGGGCCAAACAUUAAGGCUGUAG